CCAUCCUCUCCACUUAGCCAUCUGCCCCCAUCACCUUUCACGCCUCGGCUCGCCACUAUCCCCAGCGUCUGCAUUGUAGUUGCAUCCACAGUAUUGCGACCCCAACAGCUCCAUCAGCGCCUCGUUGCUACGAGACAUUACUGCCGGCCAAAACAGAAGCAGCCGUUCCCUGCCAACGCGCUGCCCAUAGCUACCCCACAGUGCCUUUCCACCGACCCUACCUACGUGUCCCAGGGCGGUAAAGACGACCAGUGUAUGGCUCAGGCUGGAGCAUGAACUCUUUGAGUGCUCUUGCGAACAUUGGUACACCCACACCAACUCCACCUCGAUCGCGCGCCGGGUCGCAGAGCAACAUCCACGAACCUCGGUCCAACAACACGCAGUCUUCGAACGAUGCGAGCGCAGAUAUAGCCAUUCAGAGCGAGACGGGCAACAUGGGCGCGGCCAGGGGCAACCGCGACGGCGGUUCUACCACCGAAGCCGUCGCAUCCGAAUACGACGAGAAGACGCCGCUGCUCAACCAGUCUUCCCAAGGGCCAUUUGAAGAGGCAAAACCACGACGAAGGUGGCUUUAUCCACAGCGCAUAUCGGGAGGAAUCGUUGCCGUCAUCGGAGUGCUGGUAUCUCCCGUUGUCUACACAGGGCAGUGCCUAAUAGGAUGCUUUUACUACGAGGAAGACGGCACUUUCUCCUUUCUCGCUCCUGUAUAUCACAUAUCGCGGACAUUCACUCGCGCGCGUCGAAAGAAAGUCAAAGCGCAAGCAGUGCCAUCAUCGGCCUCUUCGAAUAGCAAUGAAAAGGGGACGCGCAAGAGCCGCAGUUCGACCAGCGCACAAUCACAGACGCAGCAAUCCACACGGCGCUCACUGUCCAUUGCCUCGACAUCCACCGCGAUAGCGUCCGACUCAGAAAGCGAGCGACCACCUACACGCGAUGGAGAUGCUGACAGCCCCUCGCGGCACACACGGUCGCGGUCGAAUGCAUCUUCGGGGGGUGACGAGAUAGCGCCCGCGAAACGAUCAAUCCGUAUCAAACUGCACAAUGAGGACGCAUUGCGGCAACGGAAGGCAGCAAAGAAGGCACAAACCUCCAAAAGCAAUUCAGUUUCUCCCGAGGCUGCAGCUGCGCUCAAGUCCCCCACCGGCCCGGUAACCGCGGCUUCUAAGCAAUUGACCAAGUUCCCACGAGCACCUCAACCCCCGCGUCCGCUAGUACCGCGGCGCCAGCCGUCUUACUCUGCAUCAGGCUCAUCCGCUGUCGGGCCGCACCAGAAAACGCUGAUCAUUGACCUCGAUGAAACGUUGAUCCACAGCAUGGCCAAGGGUGGUCGCUUCCAGAGCGGCCACAUGGUUGAAGUCAAACUCCAGGCAUCGGUUGGUGCUGGGGGGCAGAUCAUCGGUCCCCAGGUGCCCAUUUUGUACUAUGUUCACAAACGGCCAUAUUGUGAUGACUUUUUGAAGAAGAUUAGUAAAUGGUACAAUCUAAUUAUAUUUACCGCCUCGGUGCAAGAGUACGCCGAUCCGGUUAUCGACUGGCUGGAGGUGGAGCGCAAAUAUUUCGCGGGAAGAUAUUACCGACAACACUGCACGUUUCGUAACGGGGCUUACAUCAAGGAUCUGGCUCAGGUCGAGCCAGAUCUGAGCAAGGUCAUGAUCCUUGAUAACAGCCCCGUGAGCUACGUUUUCCAUCCAGACAAUGCCAUUCCAAUCGAAGGCUGGAUCAGCGACCCGACGGACAAUGACUUGCUGCACCUCAUUCCGCUCCUCGAAGGCUUGCAGUAUGUCACCGAUGUGCGUGCAUUGCUUGCGCUUCGGCUCGGCAUGCCCUCGUCGGCGUAACAAGGUAGCCAACCAUAGAUCAAGUGGCGUUCAUUCUAGUACUCGGCAUUUUAAUAUAUUUGUAUUAUAGACGUGUUGGCUACACCGAGCAGCUGGCUAGGUAGCUGUUUGGAGAGGAGAUACCCA